CGAUCGUGUCAAUUGAGCGUUCAAACUGUCACAGCGGGAAAAUAGCAAUCCUACUCUUUUUGUUAUUGCUUAUUUUUUAUCCGUGAUAUUUAAUUCAACUGAAAAAUUAAGUGCGAAGUGCUUUAUUGGUGGCAACGAUGUGUUCGGAGUCUUUGCCGAAGGAGUUCGAAAAGACCACUGAGGUCUUGCCGUUUCCGAAAUAUGGAUUAUCAUCGGUUGAAGAGUUCCGGAAAGCUGAAGAGGAAGUGCAUCACCAUGAAUGGCUGAAGAAAGCUGGGCUUACUAGCGAGGAGAUAAAGCUAUACCAGGAGAAUGAGGCGGGGCUCCUGGACCAGCGUAAGAAGAUCGAGUCUGGAGCGCUGAAGGAUAAACUCGAAGACAUAUACAAUAAGAUCAAUAAUGCGCACAAUCAAAAUAAAAGUCAUACAGUUACAUCUCAAACUGAGCAGCCAAGCACAUCAUCUGCUCCUGAAAAUCUCAUCGAAAGACUUCAGCAGAAGCCUAUCACGUUCUAUCCCGAGGGCCACCCAAUGAACGAGCUGAAACAACUCGAGGGGAACCUCUUCGGUCACAUGAACAAUGACAUGAUGCCUCUAACCAAGAGGCGCAAGCUUCUGCGUCGGUUACAGCGGAAGAAGGAACGAUUGCAGCAUGACAACCCCUUCAAUAUUGCUGCAAUCCCGAGCACCUCGAGGGUAGACCGUCCAGGAAGCCUUUGGGACAUGAGGGAAAUGCCUCGGUUGAUUCCUCACACAAUCACUAGCAAGGACCAAGAGGCUAAUGCGAUGGGUCCGCAUUUCCGAGCAAUGUAUACGGUGAGGAAUAAUAAAAUUCUGCGGCUGGAACCUGUGCAGCGUGAGCAGGAGGAAUAUAGGGCUGUGGAUAUUGUGAUGCCGAUCAAUGAUGCUGAGAAUAACCUGCUGGAAGGGACUAAGAUGUCACUGGAUGAUAUCAGGAAGAUUGAUCGUUUCAAGGACUGGACUCCUGGUACUCCUUCCAAGGUGCUGUACCUAAAGAACAUUGCUCCAACAGUGAGCGUGGAGCAGCUGUCACUGCUGUUCAACCAGUUUCUGUUGGCUAACGGUGGCCCCGUGGAUGUCAGGCUGAUGACCGGCCGUAUGCGCGGCCAGGCUUUUGUGGGUUUCCAAACUGAAGAUAUAGCCAUCCAGGCCUUAGAUGAGGUGCAUGGAACCAUUCUGAGCGGCAGGCCAAUAAUUGCAGAAUUUGGCAGGAACACCAACAGCAUCCAGGAGGAUUUCAGAUAAACUAAUCAUUAAUUAAUAAAAAAAAAAAUCAUCAAGGGCUAUAAAACCUCUAGCGUAUGAACACGAAUUUCUUAGAAGUCUGUUCACUGAUUCGUCCCUACAUAAUCUGUGAGCGAAAAAAAAAAAUGUUUUGGCGCGCUUUUUUAGAAGACGUCAGUUUUAAAGGUUAUGAUAUGAAACUAAGGUUUCUGUAUUCCCUUUUUGGAAUUAAUGGCGUGUUUGGUAUGGUAAUGCAACACUUUUAUUGUUGCUUGAUGAAUGGACUUAUCAUGGGAUAUAAAGAUGUAUUAAAGAGUGCUCUCUUGUGUAUGAAAUGGUCGUUAAUAUUGUAAGGUAGGCGGCGCCACUGUAGCAAAUGGCAAAAAGCGCGCGUAGUCACUGAAUAAUUUCACCCCACGCACACUAUGCUGAUUUCUCAUGCGAAUGUAGUUUUUAAAUUACAAGUUGUUAGUAAAUUAUACACAUACUAGCUUUUACCCGCGAUUUUGCCCCUGUGAAUUUAGCUUAUGUGUUCCAUACUCCCACUUGUACCUAUGCAAGAUUUCAAGAAGAUUUUUUCAAUAGAUGUAGCGCAAAGAAGUUUGAAAUAAACGUAGUUUUGCUUCUAUCAUAUUAGUUUGGAUAAUAGUACAGUAUUCUUGAUGUAGUAAUACCCCAAUUUAGUCUAGUUCUAAGUACACUUUCAAUUUGGUACCUAUAUACGAUGGUACUUACUGUUUCUUGCAUCUAACCAUCAUCGGUUUUAUAAUUAUUGUCGAAAGAUAAUUUGAAAUUUCUAGUGUUUACUUAUAUGUAUAGCAUUCUAUUUUAAUUAUUAUAUUAUCGGCUUACACAAAUAACUUGUAGGCUUAUAUUCAUGGCGAUGUAGCGAUUGUCUCGCUGCUAGAGCAGUUGAGCCUCUAACAUGGCUUGAAACUAGUCAAGCUCCUCGUCAAACAGUGACAUAAUAAUAAGUAAUAAGCUAAUAACGUAAUAAUUAAUUUAGUAUGUCUCAUUAAAGUUAUAUGAAAAGCAUUAUAUUUAUUUAUAUAUGUAUAAUGCUGUGUUUAUUUUUUGUAUAUAAUUUGUUUGUAUAUGUCGGCUAUUACGAAGUUUUAGUUUUAAAAAUCGACUGUUUCUUUUUCGUUUAUUGUCGUGUAAGACAAUGUGAUUUUUUAUUUUAUAAUACAUAUAUCAUAUAUUACUAUGUAGUCAGUAUAUUAUAAGUCUAUUAUACGUUAGUCUUACUAACGCGUGCUAUAACUGUAAUAAUUUUUCUGUGAAAAGCUGAAAAGCCAUUUUUUUUCGCCGAGACGUGAGAAAUUUUAGGCGGGUAUAAUAGGGAUGAUGACGGGGUAUGAAAAUUAAAAAUGUAUUUAGUCCGUCAGGUAAUGAAAAAAUAUUAGACACGUCAUUUUAUUUAUUUUGUCGUAUAAGGUAACAAUACUUAGAUAAAACGGAUCAAAGUUUAGGAGUGGGAGCUAACUACGUCACUAUUGAGUAUAAAACGUAUACAAAAGUGACGCCACGCGAUAUUUCAAAUAAAUAUAUUAUUGAAUGUACUUGAUUCCGUAAGAAAAUAACAAAUACGUGUCUAAUAUAUUAAAAUAAUCUACAAGACGGACAUUAAAAUAUGAAUAAGUCAUCUACCCUAUUAUGAAAUGUAGAGAAUAACGAGUGUUUAUUAUAAAAAUACUAAAUCAUUAGGAUUUAACUAUCUUGUACUCAAUAAAAAAUAUGGUAGUAAUAUCAUCAUUAUAAUAUCAUAACUUAUUUAUCAGAACCACAUAUUUCUAUUAUUAUGGAUAUUUCUUCUGCGAUUAAUAUUUAAAUGAUACAUAUUAUAGAUUGUAUGUAAGACACGAUAAAUAAUUAGUCUUAGACUAUGUUUAUCAUGUGCACUUUAUGUAUGGAAGUCGUCAAAGCCAGGUUAUUCGAAAUUUUAACGAUUUAUUUUAAGGGCCUACAAAAUAAGGUGUCUUAACCUAAGAUAUAAAGUAUAUUAUGUAGUCCUAUACUUAAGUAUAGGUAUACUAGUUUCUGCUAGCGGCUUCGGCCGCGUUCCCGUGCGAUAAAACGGUAAUUCUAUAAUGUCAGCUCAUACUCUGUUUGUAUACCCAAUUUCACCAAAAUCCGUUCAGUAGUUUCAGCGUGAUUGACGGACAUAUUUAGAUCCAAAAAAAGAAAUUUAUGAAAACAAUGUGAUUUUACGUUUUAAUAUGUGAUAUUUAUACAUUUUAAAUUUUAUUUUAAUGCUAUAAAAUUUAUGUUAUUAUGACAUGAAAUCUUCGGUUAUCGUAUCUUAUGAGACGAAAGAGCCACUUUUAUAUAGUACAUGUAUCAAUAUCUUCAUUUCGAAUACCCUGGAAAUACAUCAUAGAUGUAAGAAAAUAUAACAUUACUCGUAUAACAUUGUUCUCUACAUACAUUAUACAUUACACAUAUGUAUAAAUCAAUUAUGUAACUAAUACAUAUUCUAUACAGAGUGUUAUUGAAUUCAUGGGUAAUUUUAGGUGGCUGUGUAAUACACAAGUCUUGUCUUAGAAACUUACCCUUAAAAGACACGGUUGAUGCUUUUCAUACAUAAACACAUACUAAGCGCCUGUUUCACCACCUUCAUAUAAGUGCCAGAUAAACUUAUGUGACAGAUAGUGCAUACAAAUUACGUUCUUAAUUCAAAGUUAUCUGGUACAUAGCGGCUAUCCAGACAUUGUGAGACAAGUCCUAAGUAUAACCUAAAAGUUUUUCUGACCCACAAAUUCAAUAAUAUUCUGUACCUAUAUUAAUAAUAUACUAAAUAUACAUUCAUUAAUUAAUAUAUACUCAUAUAUAUGACAUUUUAUUAUAUAAGUACAAUAUGUAUUGUAAGAUUUUGAUACGAAACGCCUAUGUAAUAAUCUUAUGUGAAACAUGGGAGGUAAAAGUAUUAUUAUGUUGUUCUUCGUAUUAAUAUGAGAUACUCGAUUAGAUGUUGUUGGCUACGGUUCGUGGUCGUAUCUGGAAUUAUCAUUAUGGCUGAUUAAAGGCUUUAUUUAUUGUGGGAGUUUGCCAUAGACCCCACGUUUGGUCGUCUACGAAGGUGACUGCAAGCUUACUGCUGGGUGAUUCUCAAAAAAAAAAAGCACAAAAAGUUAACGCCGUCAUUAUCCUCAACGAUAGAUAACAAUUAACAAAUUAAGCUGUGUCACUGCUCUCAACCAAUCCAUUAACUACAAACCCUAAAAAUAAGAAUGAUAAUAAGCUACCACGAUGCUUAAUGACGCGGGAGAUUAAUGAUUUGUUAAAGUUUUUGAAGAAACAUCCUGCUACUGGUGUUUCAGUAAAUGUCUGUAUAAAAAACAUAUACAGUGAAACCUUGUUAAGUGAGACACCAAAGGACCUAUUACGUUGAACUAAAACGAAACGAGAGCGCGUUCGGCGCUUUGAUUGGCCGGCGCGAAUUUACCAACCAAUCAGAGCGCCGAACGCGCUCUCGUUUCGUUUUCGUUUAUCGUAAAGCAAACUCAUAUUGAGCCCGUAUUCAAUACGAAUUAGUUUUGUUUAUUGAAACAUCCAGAUUAGAAGCUGCAGGCGACUAUCAAAACCGUAGCCUCAAUUAAUUUUAUAAGCUUUAGACGUAGCGAAGUAGUCACUCAGUGCAAUAUCAAUAUCAUGUAUUUUCAAUUUAUAUCAUAACUAUGUAGUUUGAAUAUCACUGGACAAGCCUAGUUUAGUCACUGGCACCUAUUUAAUAUAUUACAUGACAUUACAUUUAGAUAUGUAACCAUUUAAUCUGAUAUUAACGGAAAAUAAAUCUUAAUUACAUGGA